UUAUAUGGUAAUGUUAUGAUAUCCAUUUUUUUCAGGAGAUACAACAUCACCUUCUUGAAUGCCUAUUAUCAGCCUGAAGGCACAGAUGACCAUCCGUUCAUCUGCUCGACAGAGAGGGAAAACGGGAUGCUUCGCUGUUCUGACGUGCCUCGUCGUCGUGUGGGUCGGUCCUACUGCUCACUGGGGGCUGAGGAAGCCCACUCAGAGACAGGACUGACAGUGGACGGACCAGUGUCAUGUGUGAACUGGUACCAAUACUACAACCAGUGCCGGGCAGGGGAAAUAAACCCCCACAAAGGAGCUAUUAACUUUGAUAAUAUCGGAUAUGCAUGGAUUGCUAUAUUUCAGGUAAUUACCCUGGAGGGUUGGGUGGACAUAAUGUACUACGUAAUGGAUGCACACUCCUUCUAUAACUUCAUCUACUUCAUUUUUCUCAUCAUUGUUGGCUCCUUCUUUAUGAUCAACCUGUGCCUGGUUGUCAUCGCUACCCAGUUUUCUGAAACAAAACAGAGAGAACAUGCCUUAAUGAAAUCAGAGCAGCGCGCCCAGCAGCUCCACCAAUCAGCUUCCACACUGGCCAGCGACAGUCAGCCUGGAAGUUGCUACGAGGAGAUCAUCCGCUACCUGGCCCACCUGGGUCGGAAGGCAUGGCGCCGGCUGUUACGCUGGAGUGCUUGGAUUCGCCUGCAUCUCCGCUGCUCUUGCAUCUGCCAGAAAGGGGCCGGGUCGGCUCGAGGGAGCGGAGUUGGGGAGAUGAAUGGACUCGCCAACCGGCACUCAGGCCAUGCCCCCAAUGACUUAUCACACUUUCAUCAAGUUUAUCAUCUCCAUCACCAGCAGCACCACUAUCAUCAUCAUCAGUUGCAGCAGCUUCAACCACAGCUGGCCGUCAGCAACAGAGGGACCAGCUUUAAUUAUCCCUUCAUAUCGCCCCUUCUCAGUCACCUGGAUGAAAAGGACCGGGACCAGAAGAGGACAGUUGCUAUGGAUACUAUCAACAGACUGCCACAGCUGGUGCUCGAGUGUGGUGAGUUGAUUGAGUGUGUAUUUUUGUGUUUGAGAGCUCCCACAUGAUACUGAGGGAGUUACAGAAGUGCAAGU